UGGAUACUUGAUUGGCCGAAAUAUUGACUGGAUUCGUGUUUGCCACAUCAUUUUUUCCGAAUCAGUUUGAUUUGGCCCCCGAUCUUUUGGCUCAUUUGCAGAUUCGCCUUGGACAUCACUCUCCAGCCUUUCAAAGAACUCUAAAUCUAUCUCGCUACGAUGUCGGACUCGCCUUGGAACGCCGCCCCCGUGCCUGGCCAGGAGCCACACCCGCCCAAGCCUGCCGCCAGCCACCCGCAGCACGCCAAGAAGGAGGAGCAUGUCGUGUGGAACGCUGCGCCCAAGCCUAACGCUAGCACGAGCGAGAAGAUCAAGGACAAGACGCGGCACGCGGUAGAGGACGCCAAGGACUUCACGGCCAAGGUGACGAGCACUGUGGAGGGAUACAAGAACGACAGUGUGGCCAAGGUGAAGAAGAUCAAGGAGGAGAGGAAGGUGGCCAAGGAGGAGAAGAAGAAGGAGAAGAAGCACGAGAAGAAGGCCGAGGAGUCUGCUGGCGCCUGCGGUAUCUGCGGUUGCACUGUCAUGUAAGAGCUGUCGGUCUCCAGCUAUCCAUUUUUACAGAGACCAGAUGAGGUAGCAAUAGCUGUAGGCUCGUGUAGAAAACUCCCUCCUUAUGUGGGAUGGCUCUCGACGUUUGUUGCCUUAAACAUGCCGUGGUAGCGAUUUGUCAUUUAGCC